AUGACACCUCGAACAGUCAUUCUUACUCGUCCACCGAUAAAGGUUCCAUCACCUUUCGAAUUUAAUAUUUCCGAAUUUUUACCGAGAAAGAGUAUUGGAUGUAAAACCUCGAAUGCAUUCAUGAUAUAUCGAAAAGUUUACGUUAAAACAUUAUUACAACAUGAACUUCAUUCCAAGAUGACUGAAGCCUCAUGUUGGGCUGCAAAAUCUUGGAAUGAAGAAUCGAUCGAAGUGAAGAAUGAUUUUAAAAGAUUUGCGAAAAAACUAAAAGAAAUUUAUCGACAUAAAUCUAAAGAAGCAAUUGAAGCACAAAAUUUAACACCGACUCAAUUUUCGAAUGAACCAUUAAUAAACGAUAAUGACGUAGAAGAUUUAAUGACAAACAAAUCGAUACCUGUGGCAAAUCUGAUUUAUUCUAAUGAAUCUAUUAAUACCGAAAACGAUUAUCAAUUCACGCAAAAUAAUCAAUUAAUGGAUUUUACCAUGAUAGAUUAUUAUGAUCCUCAACAAUUUCCUCGUGAUUACAUUAUGAUACCUCAAGAUAUGAAUCAACAUGAUAUAAGUAUGAAUUCAAAUACAACCAAAUAUGAACUUUAUGAAUAUUGCGAUCAUUAUGAUGAUGAUGAUGAAUGGAUAUCACCAUAUGAAGUAUCUCACCCAAUGUAUGAUGAAUAUUGUUAUGAUGAUGAUGAAUGGAUGUCACAUCCAAUGUAUGAAGUAUCACCUCGACUUCCAUCAAUUUUUGGAACAGAAUAA